AGUGUUACAUUUUACGUCGAGUUUGACUGACCUUAAAUAAUCUGACGAAAAAAUAAUAAACUCAUAAUUUUAAUUCUUUCUUUAUUAUUUGCUGUGUCAAAAAGAAGUUCAUUAAGAAUACUCAGUGCAUAAUAAAUUUGCUUAUUUUAAUCUUAAUCUGGCAAAGAAUAAAAGGAGAAUUAAAGAACGGCAAUAGAUAAUUAUAAUUAAAAAGUGGAAUUAACAUCCGAAAAAAAAUUGAUCAUUAAAAUUCCAAAUAAUUUGUGUGACAUAAAAGAAGUGAAAGGCUGCACUGAGUUAAUUCUAUAAUCCAUUAGCGAGAAAAGUUUGAUAGAAGGUUAAAAAAGAAAUUCCAGAUAAAAUGAGCGGUGUUGAUGAAAUUUUGAGCUACAAGAAAAAUCCGGAUGAGGAUUUCUAUGCUUUAUUAAACUGCGACGAAAGCUCAUCGGUCGAUCAAAUUAAUGCAGAGUAUAAGGUAUUGGCCAUGAAAUAUCAUCCUGAUAAGAAUGCCGGUGAUAAAGAUGCUGAAAGAUUUUUUCAACAACUUCAAGAGGCAAAAGAAAUUCUUUGCAAUCCUGAAAAGCGACAGAUGUAUGACAAAUGGAGAAAUUCGGGCCUACAAAUCAGCUAUAAAAAUUGGAUUGGAAUGAAAGAGCAUGUUCAACAAUCAAUGCAUUGGGCAAAUCCAAAGACCAAAGAUCGAAUGUUACCCGAGACUGGAGGCUCAAGCUUACAACCACAAGGGGCAAACCCAGCAAUGAGACGAGCGAGUGAGGGCGGUGCUGCUUUAUAUUAUGGCUCUAGAAAGGAAUGGGGAGCUGAGAAUCCAAGCGAGGUUGUUAACAAAUUUAGAAAUUAUGAGAUUUAAAUUCCUUCAAGAUGUCAUAUGCAAGGAGGAGUAUGAGGAUAGACGGAGAAAGGUUUUGUAUGAAAAGGAAUUCUUAUUUACAUUUUUUUGUUGGAAUUUUUUUACUUUCAUUUUUGGAUUAAAAAG